AUGGAAUUCGCCCGCACAAUCCUCGGAAUACCAGCACCUCAAGUAUAUGCUUGGAAUGCAGAUGUGAACAAUGAUGUUGGUUCUGAGUAUAUCCUAAUGGAGGAAGCCCCCGGUACAAAGCUGGAAGAUAUAUGGCAUGUUCUUUCUCUCGAAGAGAAGAUAGAGAUUAUGAAGGAUCUCGUCCAACUAGAGAAGAAAAUGCUUCAAGCGCCACUAAAUAGUUAUGGGAGUUUGUACUAUGCAAGUGCUAACAUCAAAGAUGCCGUGCGAGUCGACAUACGUGCAGAAGUAUCUUCUGAGCUGAAGGACAAAGCCCAACGCCGUUCUGUCAUAGGUCCAGUCGCAGAAAGACACUAUUGGUUAAAAGAACGUGCAGAGAUGGCUUUGGAUCGUGGACUAUUGACUUCAGCAACGCAGAACUCUCCAAACGGCCACAUAUCUUUGCUACACAAGUAUCUCAAAGUUGCUCCUUAUCUCCUCCCAAACGACCCUGCGGUAGUUGCACCAUAUAUCUGGCACACAGAUCUACAUGCUGGAAACAUCUUUGUCCAAAACGGUAAAAUUUCCAGUGUUAUAGACUGGCAAGGUCUGUGGGCAGCACCAUUGAUACUUCAGGCGCGCCAUGCAAGGCUAGUUAAUUAUAACGGGGAAGUCAUUUUAAAAGCCCCUGCGAACUUCAAAGAUCUUGAUUCAGCGGAAAAGACUCGGAUCAGAGGUCUUAUGACUAGCUCGAUCCUGCUCUACCUCUAUGAAAAGCAGAUUGCUAAAGAAACCCCCCUUCUUAAUAAAGUCCUUCGAUUUGACCACGGCAGGAUACGGUGCGAUCCAAUCGUGUUCGUGCGUGACACAUGGGAUGACGAACUUAUACCCUUGCGAGAAUCUCUGAUAAGGCUUGAGAGAGGCUGGGAUGAAAUAGGAUUCGACUUUCCAUGUCCUAUUCAUUUUACAGAGGAUGAUCUCCGUAUUCAUGCCGAUGAAAGUGACGGGUGGAAUGAUGUGCAGGAAUUCUGGGACUCUGUGGGGGAUAUAGUAUCGAGAGAUGGCUGGACACCGCAUCAUCUAUAUGAUGAUGCCAUUUCCCUGUUCACGGAGCUACGAGAUAUUGGACUGAAAGCUAUGAUAGACAGGGAGAGAGAGACAUUUGAAGAACAGACACAAUGGGCCAAAAAGCAUUAA